CAAGCCUUUAGCCUUCUGUGCCACUCCAAACAAUCCCUUGGCGUUGGCGGCGAUGGAUUCCCUCUCCAUCUCCAUCGCCCGCCCAUGAAACACCCCAAACCCCACCUUUUUCCGCUCUUAAGUUUCUACCAAAAACCUCUCUUCUCCAACCCCAUCUUCCUUAUGGCCCGAACCCAAAUCCGAACUAUCCCCUCGGAUCCACCUCAAAAUGACAACAGCAACGACGACGAUGCCCUCCUUUGCUCCAAUCCACAACAGAACCAAGAGGAACAGUCUCCUUCUCAAGGUGAUGACACGCCGUCGUCGAUAGGGUCUCCGGGGAGGUACUUAAGCGGGGAAUCACGAGUGGAGAGGGCAUGGGCUCAUUGGGCCAAGCUUGGCCGGCCCAAGUUAAUCGUGGCUCCGAUGGUUGACAACUCCGAGCUGCCGUUUCGGAUGCUCUGUAGGAAAUUCGGAGCAGAGGCUGCGUAUACGCCCAUGUUGCAUUCACGUAUUUUUACUGAGAAUGAAAAGUAUCGUAAUGAAGAAUUUACCACUUGCAAGGAGGACCGUCCAUUAUUUGUCCAAUUUUGUGCUAAUGAUCCAGAUGUUUUACUUGAAGCUGCAAGGAGAGUUGAACCUUAUUGUGAUUAUGUCGACAUUAAUUUGGGGUGUCCUCAGCGAAUUGCUAGGCGAGGGUAUUAUGGAGCUUUCUUGAUGGAUAACCUUCCUCUUGUGAAAUCUUUAGUAGAAAAACUGGCUUUGAAUCUUAAUGUGCCGGUUUCUUGCAAAAUCAGAGUAUUUCCUAAUUUACAGGACACUAUCAAGUAUGCAAAGAUGCUGGAGGACGCUGGUUGCUCUCUUUUGGCUGUUCAUGGCCGAACAAGAGAUGAGAAAGAUGGGAAGAAGUUUCGAGCUGAUUGGAAUGCCAUUAAGGCUGUUAAAAAUGCGCUUAGAAUCCCUGUUCUUGCCAAUGGGAACAUUAGGCAUAUGGAGGAUGUUCAGAACUGUCUGGAAGAGACAGGUGCUGAUGGUGUGCUUUCGGCUGAGUCUGUUCUUGAGAAUCCUGCUCUUUUUGCUGGAUUUCAAACUGCUGACUGGGUGGGGGAUAAUGAAAAAGACAAUAUAGCUGGAAAACUAGACCAGGCAGAACUGCUUGUGGAGUAUUUGAAGCUCUGUGAAAGAUACCCUGUCCCAUGGCGGAUGAUCCGAUCUCAUGUGCACAAAAUGCUAGGAGACUGGUUUCGGAUUCAGCCACGCGUUAGAGAGGACCUAAAUUCACAGUCCAGGCUAACAUUUGAAUUUCUUUACAAUCUGGUGGAUCAGUUACGUGAGUUGGGUGUAAGAAUUCCACUCUAUCAAAAGGAUGCAUCUGCAGCCAGAAGCUCAGCUGAGGAUGUGGCUAGUUGAUUGGCCUGAUCCGAGUUAAAUUGAGUUGUAGGUGCAUAGGUGUCUAGAAUAUGGGGAAAAUCAGAUUCAGCUGUCAGGUUUACUGCUGACUCUACAAUUUGAUUUGUUAUUCUUUCUUAAUUCAAACAACAAUUUAUAGUUCUCAACCUAAAAUGGUUGAGUUAGAAUUAUAGCUACUGACGAGUGAAGCAGGAGGGCUCUCAAGCUAAAAGAAGGAAUGCCCUAACAAUUUUUUGUACUAGAUUAUUAAUUUACCCUUGUUGUAUUAUAAUCUUCCCUUCAGUGGGAUAAACCUUGUUUUGAAGGCAUUGGUUUUUUGCUAGAGCACCAAAGACGUUUGUUUC